GGGGCCUAGUGGUCUGGACGCCCCACCGGCUCGUUUUGGGGUGAGGAGUCCUGACUAUCCCAGAAGGAAGUUGGCGUGAGUUCCCCUUGGGGAGAGGAACUGCCCAUGAGGUACCCAAGGGAGCUCUGUCUGUGAUGAACGGCGCCUCUCCCAAGUUUAGAAUGGCCACCCCGCUUGCCCUGUGAUGCUCAGUGAGCAAAGACUUUGCAGGACUUUCUACCUUGUUGCCAAAGCAUUUCCCCCCAAGGUAGAACAUUAGGUAGCAGCACGCACACGGGCCUCUCCUUCCGGCUGCCUUUGCAAAGCCGUGCGGUUCGCUUCACUGCGGUGCAGCCUGGUGGUUCUGGUCUUGGCUGAUUCUGCAUCGAGAGCUCAGCUAUGGAUCUAGUGUUCCUGGUUAUCAAUGGCACGGGGAUGGUCUUGGACCUGCUGGUAAUCCUGCUGGACAUCAACUUCUUCCUCGUUUCCACCUUCCUCUCCGUCUUGAUCUGGCUCAUCGCCUUUGUUUACAACCUGCCCAAUGCCACGGUGGCCUGUCUCAGCCAGUUCUGGAACGGGAUCCUGGUCGUUCUGCUAUGCAUUGCGGAGGCGUUGUAUUACUUGACUCUGGGCUCUGUGCAUGCUGUCCUCAACUUGGUGAGGGGAGUCUGCUCCAGCAUGGAGAGCUUGAAAGUCGUGGGCCACCUGAUCACCCACCUGACCCUGAGAAGCAAAGAGGUUAUGCACCGCAGUUUCUGGAACCUGAUUGGCUCGGGUCAGACGCUUCUGAGACAUAUGUGUGAAGUGUGUGCCAUAGUCAUGAGCCUUGUGGCUUACUUCAUCAACAGCAUAAUCAACAUCUGCCUCAUUGGAACUCAGAACCUUUUUGCCGUGGGGCUGGCCCUGUGGGAGACUGUAGUUGGCCCCUUUCUGAGAAUCACAGACAUCUUUGUUGCCUUUCUCGCACACCUCUCCAGCAGUGCCAUUGCCACAGCCAUUCUCCUGUGGACGCCCUGUCAGCUGGCUUUUGAUCUUCUGGCCUCGGUGAGCAAGCUGCUGGUCAAUGUCUUCUUUCUCGACCUUUACGGCGCAGUUUUGCUCUCGAUGGUUGUCGUCACCAGCAUCUUCAUCCUGAACCCGCAGCUGACUUGGACCCUGGCAAAUCAGGUGUCUGGCUAUUUGAACACAAUGCCUUCUUACCACCGCUUCCUCAGGGACAUGCAACGCCUUUAUCAGAUCAUGCUCUGGUCCCUCGAGAUGCUGCUGAGCUCCCAGACCUGGCGUAGGCUGGCAGACUGGAGUCUUCAGGUGCUCAGUUGGAACAGGAACAACUGGGCGGCUAACCAGCCCAGAGAACGAGAGCCGCAGCCAAUGCUUGAAGCCUCCCGAGAAAGGGCAGGGGGAGCUGCUGUGGGACAGAGACUGGCUCCUCUAGGAGCCCCAUAUCCAAGAAGACAAGGGCCAGCUGUGAACCCUCGUCCCCGCCAAAGAGGCAGCAGGGACCUGUCCAGAGCGGACAUUGAUCUGGGAAUGGCUGUGCAACGGGGUGUGUUCCCAGGGCAGCCAGUUCAGCCUCAGGGGGAAGGACCAAGCUUACCGCAUACCAAACCGGCAAAAAAAGAGCAACUCAAUGCUUUGGAAGAAGAUAAUGACCCGUGGCUGCUGCUUAAAGAACAAGAAGAACGGAAGAAGUGUGUCAUCUGCCAGGAUCAAACAAAGACCGUCCUCUUACUGCCCUGCCGCCACCUUUGCCUCUGCCAAGGAUGCACUGAAAUCCUGCUGCAGCAGGCCAUACAUCAGCGGAACUGCCCACUGUGCCGGCAGAUGAUCCUGCAGACUCUCAAUGUCUACCUGUGAGCUGCGGAGGAGGCAGCUUCAUCUCCUUCCCAUGUGCUUUUUGCCAAAGCACAAGAGGUCUCUGGCCCUUGGACCUCCAUAACAGC